AUGGCUCAGCAGCAGCUGCAAUAUGCGAAGGACCAGCCCGCGGGCUUCAAGAACCGUGUCGAAAACAUUGCCAUUGUCGGCGUAGGAGGCAGGAUCGGCAAACAUUUGACCGAAGCGCUGCUGAAGACGGGAAAGCACAAGAUCACGGCUCUGACGCGGCCUGAGAGCACUACCAAGCCGGCAGAUGGUCUCGUCGUCAGGAAGGUAGACUACAACGACCCCGCAGCGCUGGUUGAUGCUCUCAGGGGUAAGGACGUCCUGAUCAUCACGAUGGCCGUCAUGGCGCCCAAGGAGGUCCAGUCGAACCUGAUCAACGCGGCCGCCGAAGCCGGCGUGGCGUGGGUGAUGCCCAAUGAGUACGGGAUCGACAAGACAAACGCGUCGCUGGCCAAGGACGUCCUGAUCGCGGAGCCCUUGAUCAAGACUUGCGAGUACAUUGAGAGUCUGGGUCUCUCUUGGAUCGGCCUGACAUGCGGCUUCUGGUACGAGUUCAGCCUGGCGGGCGAGGAGUGCCGGUACGGGUUUGACUUCACGACCAAGACAGUCACGUUCUUCGACGAAGGCACCACCAAGAUCAACACCAGCACCUGGAACCAAUGCGGACGUGCUGUGGCAAGUCUGUUCAGCCUCAAGGUCCUCCCCGAAGACGCACACGACACGAGUCCGAGCCUCUCCCGGUUCAGGAACAAAUCCGUCUAUAUUUCCUCCUUCCUGGUGAGCCAGCGCGACAUGUUGGCCUCCGUGCUCCGAGUAACCAGCGCAGGGGAUGACGACUGGACCAUCAAGCACGAGAACACGCAGGAGCGGUACAAGAAAGCUGUCGAAGAUAUGCAAAAGGGGGAGAUGUCUGGGUUCGUGAGGCUUCUGUACACGCGGGUCUUUUACCGUGAUGGAGGCGGUGAUUAUGAAUCGGCCAAAGGCACAGCGAAUACGCUUCUGGGUCUGCCGGGAGAGGAUCUGGACGAGGCGACUAGGCGAGCUGUCGAGAUGGCCGAAUCCGGCGAACCCGUGUAG